GCCGCUGGGGUGGAGUACCGCCGCGGGGCUGUGCUGGCGCACUGAAGCACGGCAGUGCCACGGCAACCAAGGCAUCAUGACCACGAAUGUGUCGGGUGGGCGCUUCGGUGUCCGCUGGUUCCCUCUGGCAUGUGCAGUGCUGUGCCUUCCUGUUGCCUUCGCACUGCUGGCCUCUCCGCUGCGUUCCUACAACAGAGACGUGAACGUGAAGGGGGUGGAUUGGACCAGCGUCGAAAUCGUUUGGAUUGCCGAUACUCGACUCAACUACAGCGUCUGGAGCCAGGCCUGGGACGCGAAGAGGAACGCGUACCAGACGGAGGUCGACACGAGGGUGUCCUUCUGGAUCGAGAGCCAUUACGAGGCCCACGCGGAUAUAGGCAACCUGGAGUCGUGCACCGCCUACAGGAUCUCGGUGAAGGUGUUCGACACGUCGGGGGGCCUCCUGCAGGUGGUGGGCACCGUCGACGUCUUCACCUUCGAUGGCAGUCACGAGGAGCUGCUGGUGACGGACGUGGUGGCCGUCCCCGUCAACGGCUCGGCCGUGAGGGUGUCCUGGGUGCCGCCGUCCUGGAGCGAGCUGCCGGCCCCGGUCGAGCAGUGUGUGGAGGGCUACACCGUCGCAGCCAAGAGGUUCGACGACGACGACGACGACGACGAGGUGGAGACGGUCUUCGCGAAGGUGCAGGGAAUUGACUCCUCCGAGGCCACGGUCGAGGGUCUGCUGCCCUGCAUAACGUACUCCCUGGAGGUGGUAGCCACCUUCCCCCUCAGCACCACGGUCCUGGACUCCUAUGGGCCGUCUCAGAUGGAGAAUGUCAGCGUCGCCAUGCCCGGUUCCCAACCGAGCGAGCCGAGGAACCUGCAGAUAAAGACGAGCCUGCUUCCAACCGGCAAGGCUACAAUCUGCAUGACUUGGCAGCCCCCGCUGGAGAUGGCGUCCUGCGUGAGCCACUACCAGGUGACGCUGGAGCACAACGCCGAGCUGUGCAUGGACCACUACGACCCCUUGCCCCCGAACGCUCCCGACGCGGGCAUCACAGAGCCUCCCACCACCACCUCCAGCGACGGCCCAACCGACGCCGGCACCGGCAACUUCAAACUCUGCAGUUCUCCAUCUCCAACGAUGCUGUCGAGACCAAGACGUCGCCGGGGGGCCAGCGUGGGGACAGUGGGCAUGCUGCCUGACCCGAGGACCUCGGCGGGGACCCCGCACACCUCGAGGAGAUCGCCUGAGGAGCCUACCCUGCGUACCCCGCGCACCCCGAAUACCCCGCAUACACCGCAUACCUCGCCUAAGGCGUCGACAUCGCAUGACUCGACCACAUCUCCCACCUGGACCUGGUAUACCCCACCCAUCUCGCCCACCCCACCAACCUCAACCAAAUCGCCCACCACGCCUAGCUCACCCAUCUCGCCCAUCCCGCCUACCUCAACCACCUCGCCCACCACGCCUAGCUCACCCAUCUCGCCCACCCCGCCUACCUCAACCAAAUCGCCUACCUCACCUAGCUCACCCAUCUCGCCCACCCCGCCUACCUCAACCAAAUCGCCCUCCCCACCUAGCUCUCCCAUCUCACCCACCCCAACUACCUCACCCAUAUCGCUCAACCCGCUUACCUCGCCCACGUGUGAAUUUUAA